AUGGAUCUCGGUCCAACUACAGGAUCUUCGACUGCGUCGCCCAUUUUAGCAUCGGACGACUUCACAGAGUCAGCAGCAUGGACGGUCGAGACUGAGAUCUCAGCCAACGAUGUGGUCGAGAAGGAAAAGCUUGUUCGGUAUGUAUCGAGCGAGAGACCGAGCUUCAGAGCUUUUGCGCAGCCGACUGAGAAUCUCAACUCUACUCCAAUUGAUUGCCUUGUGUUAUGCAGCGAGAUCAUGGCGAUGCAGGAUGGACUGCGAGCACUCAUCAGCCGCGUCAACGCUGUCAAGGAGGACUGUAAGAAAGCAGAAGCAGACAACGAGAUGCUCCAGACGUAUAUCGACUCGGUCACCAAGAGUCUAGCAGCCAAAGAGAGAGGCUAG